AUGCUUUGUUUUGUAAGUCUGAAACUUUUAGAUAAAAAACAAUAUAGAUGUUAGAAUAACUUGAAAAGCAAGAUCAUGCAUAAUUAUAUAGUAUUGACUUUUCACAAUUUAAUGAAAAUCCUUUCACAAUAGAAGUCUCUCCAUUAUAAAGUUCUUUUUAAUUAUCUCUUUUAAAAUAGUUUAAAACCAUCUUAGAAAAUAUUAAUAAGAAUUUCGAUGAUAAAAUACUUAUUCUUAAGAAAUACAUUCCUAUUAUUUCAAGUAGUUAUCUCUCAUAAUAAUACCAAAUUAAUAAGGUUAUGUGUAAAUUCUGAUUUGUGGAUGAAGAUUUAUUAUAUUAAGGUUUAUAAAAGCAUGAAAGUAAGAAAUUGGAGGCAAUUUAAAAAGAAUUUUUGGGAAAAAAAAAUUAAAUAAAUAAAAAAUAAGUACAAAAACUCAAUUUGUAGUAAUGCUUAAAUAAAUUAAAUUAAAAAAUGGAAAUUUAUUUAAUAUGAAUAUCUAAAUCAAAAAGAAAUAUCAUAAUUUAUCAAAAGAAUUAAAUGGUUCGGAUAAGAUAAAUAUCAACUCAUUCAUAAAUUCUUUAUAAUAUCAAGAAGUUCAGAUUUUUUAAAUAAGUAAUAAAAUCUUAUCAUUAUUUAGUGAAUUAAAUAAAGCUGAAUAAUUGUUAAAAAAAAUGAAAAAAUCACAAUAUUUCAGAAUCAUAUCCUAGCCAUUAUGA